UUUCGCUUUUGCUUGGAGAGGGGGGCAAACCAGGGAGAAGGGACCGGGCCAUUGCAAUUUCUCGACACUUGGCGAGGGCAGGAGGCAGACGGAAGCUGCCAGAGGGGGGUGCUGCUGGACGCAUCAGCCACCAUGCCGAGCCAUCGUCGUCUGGCCCUCCACCUCGGCAUCACCUCAGCGACUUGAAACGAAAGACGAUUGAUUCUACACGACUACUUAUUGUGCCGCGAAAAUUCGAUCCGGAUCUCGACUUCAGGAAGAAAGAUGAAUACACCUGAAAAGCGCCGCAGCGGCGGCGGCGGCGGAGGUACGAACACAGCAAGCAGCGGUGCAGGAGGCAGCAACUCGGACAACUUGCCCGUGAUGCCUCCCCGCGCAGCCAUGGCCAGUACGAGCUCGACGGGCGGUGACGAUUCUCACAAUGCGGGGGGAACGCUCUUGGAGCGAAAACGCAAAGAAAAAGGGGGUCGAGACAAGGACGGCCAGCAGCAGCAGCAGCAUCGCCGCCAGCAACACUCCGAGGCCGCCGCCGCCGCCACCGCGACCGCGACCGCCCACGUGCUCCGCGAAAAGGACGAGCGGAUAGCCUACCUCGAGAAGGAAAUGGCCAUCAUGGAGCGCGAGUUCCACCAGGAGCUCGACAAGCUGAGCCAGGCGGAGAGCGAGACGGCGACGUUUUGGCAGGGCAAGCACAGCGCGCUCAACCAGCAGUUCCUCCGGACGGACACGGAGCUGCGGCUGCUGCGGGCCGAGGUGGACGUGCGCGAGGCGGAGCGCGAGGAGCUGCGGCAGGGCGUCGAGGUGCUCCGGCGCGAGCUGCAGGACAGGGACGACGAGAUCCGGCGGCUGAGGGGCCAGGUCCGGGGCCUCAAGGACUUUGUCAGCACCAGCACGCGGACCGACGACCAGACGAGCGACGAGGUCUUUGGCGACGGCAUGACCAAGCUGGGCAACGGGCUGCAGAACUGGGUCAUUACCAAUUUCCGCAAGGCAAAGCUGGACCUGUCCAAGGCCAGCGACGACACACUCGCAGAGCUCAGCCGGCUCGUGCCCAUGUACGAGGAGCUCGUCCACACGUCCAAAGUUCACCUCCUCCAGUCCAUCGUGUCGAGCAUCCUCGUCGACAUGGUCUUCAACGCCUACUACGUCGGCCUAUCCGAGCAGGAGACUCAGCACAUUCAACAAAUGGAGCGGCUCCUCUCCUCUCUCUGCUCCUCCACCGACGUCGUCAACCAAUGGCGCUCCUCCACCCUCGCCCUCCUACGCCGCGAGGCGCACCACCUCCACGACAACACAGACGCCUUUGCCGAGGCCGUCAUGGCCCGCAUCACUCACCUCCUCGAUAGCAUCAUCACUACUUCUCCCUCAACAUCCGCAAACUCCCAACAAACCACGGCCCGAGACUCAGCCCUCCGCGUGCUCGUCAAGAACUCGAUUGAGCUCGCGCGCCUGCUCGUCGUGCAAAAGGCCCGGCUGCGGGUCUACAUGCCCUCCAUCCUGCCGCACCAGCAGGUCCUCUUUGAGCCCGACACCAUGGAGGACAUGGGCGGGGAGGAGGACGAGGACGAUAACCUGGCCAGCCGCGAGAUCGGUUGCGUCGUUUUCCCGGGCGUCAUCAAGCACGGAGACGAGAACGGGGGCCACAUGCAGUACCGCAACGUCAUUGUCAAGGCGAGGGUCCUGUGUAGCCCGGAAGAGUAG